AGUGGUGGGGGCGAUCGUAGCCCUCCCUCCUCCACCUCCGCCACCCCCGCCCCACAGUGAGAACCGGGCUCACGCCAUCUUGCCCCCCCAACCACGUCCCCUCCGAACCACCCUUUCCCUUUCGACACUUUCAGCCCCCCACCCCGCCCUUUUCCAAGCGUGUCCCGGGCCGCCGCCGCAGAAACCGCACCAUCUCUAACCCCACAUUCUCCACGCGGGACGCGCAGCCGUGUCUACAAGUGUUCUUAGAGCAGAGAUGAAUAAUACUGCAGCCAGCCCAAUGUCUGCUGCCACUUCUAGCAGUGGAAGAAGUACAGGGAAGUCUAUAAGCUUCACAGCAGAAUUGCAGAGUAUGAUGUUUUCUUUAGGUGAUGCUCGGAGGCCUCUUCAUGAAACGGCAGUUUUGGUAGAAGAUGUGGUGCACACUCAGUUAGUUAAUCUGUUACAGCAAGCUGCUGAAGUUUCUCAGCUUCGGGGAGCAAGAGUAAUUUCUGCUGAAGAUCUUCUGUUUUUGAUGCGCAAGGAUAAGAAGAAACUUAGAAGACUGCUAAAAUACAUGUUUUUCCGAGACUACAAAUCAAAGAUUGUCAAAGGCAUUGACGAGGAUGAUCUUCUGGAAGACAAAUUGAGUGGCAGCAAUAAUGCAAACAAAAGACAAAAAAUCGCUCAAGACUUUCUCAACUCUAUUGACCAAACAGGAGAACUCUUGGCAAUGUUUGAAGAUGAUGAAAUUGAUGAAGUUAAACAAGAAAGAAUGGAGAGAGCAGAAAGACAAACUCGAGUUAUGGAUUCAGCUCAAUAUGCAGAAUUCUGUGAAAGUCGACACUUAAGUUUCUCCAAAAAAGGGUCCAAAUUUCGAGACUGGUUGGACUGCGGUAGUAUGGAGAUAAAGCCCAAUGUUGUUGCUAUGGAAAUUUUAGCAUAUUUAGCGUAUGAAACGGUGGCACAGUUAGUGGAUCUGGCUCUCCUUGUGAGGCAGGACCUGGUAACCAAGGCAGGAGACCCCUUCAGCCAUGCCAUUUCUGCCACCUUCAUUCAAUACCACAACUCUGCCGAAGGGUCUUGCAUGAAGCCCUAUCCAGACUCUCCUGAGAACACACCUCCUCCCACACCAACAGCUCCAUCCGCCGGCUCACAGCACUCGGGGAAGGCCACAUCGGGACCCCUAGGGAAUGGGAGUGCUGGACAAGACUCAGCUAAGACCAAACAAAGGAAAAGAAAAAAGAGCACUGCGGCCUGCGGUGCUGAGGCUCACAGCGAUGCCAUCCAGCCCAGCCACAUCAGAGAGGCCGUCCGGCGCUAUGGCCACAAGAUUGGCCCCCUUUCCCCAUUCACAAUGAAUACCAUCUGAAACACUGUGCCAAGACCAAAGUGACAAAGAGGUGUUCUUCAGCAUUCCCUUCUGCCCAGAAACCUUCUUCUACACAUAUGCCUGUGCCUUGAACUGAACCUGAUGUGGAGACUUCUCAUGGCUCAGAAAAGGGGAAAUAAAGUCUCUCAAACAAUAAGUAAGCUUCAUCAGAAAGAGCGAGACUUUGUAGGCUCUACAAAGCUUUACUAACUUGUGAGUUUUAUGGUGUUUCCUGGAGAAAAGCAGGUGGCUUGGCAGUUAUUUUAGAUAUUGGCUAUUUGUGGUAAUGGUUUUGAAGGGUUUCAUAUUUCUAAAGAGAGAUCCUAAAAAGCUAGUUCUUAAGAGAGUUUGACAAAGUGAUGCAUCAUUUUAAACUAAUUUUCUAGGAGUUCACUGGUCACUGAAUAUGCCGUUUAACUUGAUCUUGCAGGUUACCAGCUCUCUCCAUGGGGGUAAUCUUAAUACUUUAGAGGGUAAUCUUAAUCACUUAAUACUUAAUAUUUAAUAACUGGGAAGGUUAGUAUGUUGACAGAGUAAAGCAAUACUGAUAGAAUUUAAAAAUAGCUUUUGGCUAUGCAAAUAUCUAACUUAAAAAAGCUUUGCAAAGAACGACUUUGUUCUGCUCUAUAUGGUGAUAGGGGAGUAUUUUUAAAUUUCACGAUUAUACUUGAAAUGGCAUGGAAGCAUUUCAGAUGCCUGGAUUACAUGGCUCUCAGUGUCAUAGGUCACAAACUGUUGGAAGCAAAGGCUCAAGUUUCUCGGCACCUUUACUUGUGGUCCCAGCAAGCCUGGAGGUGUUUAUUCCAGAACAUUCAGGAGGCUUCAUUUAUUCUCCUGAGGGUGUAUGUGGCACUCCCUGUCCUGCUGAGGCAGAGGACACCUCAGGAGCUCACCGGUCCGUCACACUGGCGCAGCCUAGUCAGUCCUCCUGAUGUGCUUUUCAGAGAUGUGGGGACUGCAUGGGAAAUCAGCGCCAGGUAUGUGAGCACAGUAUUUGCAUUAGAAUGUCACUUUUAUUCAAAAUGUGUAUGUGUGUCUAUGCAGUGUUUUAGACAGGUAGAAUUUAUAUGUGUAUUUGCGUAUAUACACAUAAGUAGCCUCAUUUUAAAAGAUUGUCUUCUAAGGGUCUUAAAUGUAUAAUACCAUUUCAUCAUUCCAACAGCCUAAAAGAUAGUAGGUUAUGACUAUCCUAAAUAAAUAAACAUUAAAAGAUUAUCUUAAAUGAACCAAAAAUUUCACUGACACUAUUUCAUGUAAGUCACCGUUUGACGUUCUACUGUCUUUGAUGGUUGGAGUCAGAUAACUGGCCUGAACCCCAGUUUAAUCAGUUACGAAAAUAACUGAUUUUUUAGCAAAUAUUUAGUAGUAACCCUUGAAAGUUCCUAGCACUAUGCCUAAAAUAGAGAACAUACUCCCCAAAUGCAAACAUGUUUUUUUCUUUUAAAAUCAUUGUCAUCCUUGUAAAAAACAGAAGUAGAAAUGCCCUUCUGAAAAGUGCAAAGGAGAUCCAGUCUGACAUGUGACUAUGGGGGCAGAGACCCAGACCCACUGGUUCUCUUUCUUUGUAGCCUUCAGAGAAUUCCCUGGUGUUUUCAUGUCUAUAUUCACGUGUACAAAGUGGGUACUAAUGUGUUCUUUAUACUUUUAGAGUAUCUUGAGCUCCAUGACUGCUGGACUCCUUUCCUGCCCCACAUUUCUGCCCCCGUGUGGGCAAACAGACCCAUGUUGAGGACCAUUUUACUUCCGGUGGUGGUGGCAUAACUGACCACAUAUGGGAAGUGAGGCUUAGAUGCAAAAAGGGUAUGGUAAAAAGAUGAAAAGCUACAGAAAUUGUGGGUUGCACAAAGUGACUGCCAAAAGCUUUUCCAGGAAUGAGAGCUUAGAGAAGUUGGAAGCUUUAGAUUGAAAGAAUGAAAGAUAUAGUACAUCACAAACUGGCUUUAAUUACAAGUUUCCAACUUGAGGAUCAAGAAAGGACCUUUACCUAGAAAGGUUCCUAUUCCUGCUUUCACUGAUUCCUCACCUUCAGCUAGCAGUCACUGACCUCUCUUAAAAUAUGUCUUGUACCCAUGUGAAAAUUUAAUUUCAAGUAUCUGGGUGAAAGGGUUCAUAAUUCAACAAAAUCAUUUGGUGAUAAGUUGUAGGCCUGGUCCAUUCUCUCAGUCUCUUUGUAGGACCUUCCUUCCUUUAGUUUUUCAAGAUAAAUGAGAAUUUAUACUGUUUUUCUAAAACUUCCUAAGAAUUUAACUGUGAAAUCACUAUUCCCAGGUUAUUUCAGCAUCCAGUCCUUACACUCUUUUCUUCCAACCUAAACUGAGAAUUUUUCUCUCUUUCUCCUUGGUGGAAAGAAAAAUACUAUAAUAUUAUAUGAACAAACUCUCUGAGGCCCUUUCUAAUUUUGUUAGCAGUGUUUCUCACACUUGCUUGGAAGAAUUUUGUCACUGUCUCCACUUUAAUCUCGAGACAGCUUCUCUGUACGUCCAUACUUUUAGGGGUCAAGGUCUAGAGAAGGAAACCUUUUCACACUUGGAUAGAUCUAGGCCCAGGGAGCUCCUGGUGAUUCAGGGCAUGGUAGGAAGGGUCAAAUCCCUCCUUUUCCUUAUUUCUUUGACUCUCUCUGAACUGUUUUCUCCUUCAGAGACAAAUUUUGAACCUUGACCCACUUUCCCCAAGAUAUUUUGUAUCUCCUGGUCUGCCUACCCGCAGAUAAAUCAAGGGACUGUGUUUUAAUCAAUCAUUUUAUAUCUCCCUCAGUGAAUUACAAUGGUCUUUGCUUAUUUGGAGCUCAUCAAAAGAUGGAUGAAUGAAUUGACAGAUGACCGAAAUGAUAGUCUGAAGAGAGAACAACCUUCCAAUGGACAAAGUCCAAUCUUAAUCUCCCUGGUCAGGUUUAGGCCUCCUGAACUUGGUAUAGCCUGUAAAUAUGGAUACUCCACUACUUUUGAUUAAACAGUAUAUAGAUCACUGCAGAGCCAUAAAAAUGAUAUGGUUGCUUCAUUAUUAGUAUCCAGCAUUAAUCAUUGAUUCCCCUGGAACCUCAAGCAAAAAUCAUGUCCAGGUUACCUCAUGAACAGGAUCUAUUUUAAACUGAAUAUUUUCAGUGGGUAGUUAUAUAUACCAAAUGUUUCGAAGAAUCCUUGGGCAUUGAGAAAGUAUGAAGCUGAGCUCUUCGCAUCAUGCUGGAGCCAUAGUGGGAGCUGACUCUGAAUCUUUUGUUGUAGCACACAGACUCUGUACUCGUGGUGUGUGGGUUCAGUGGCUGCAG